AUGGAUCGAUUUGUUCGCAAAAUAAAUACCAGCCCUAAGUCUAAACGGAAGACACUCGUACAAUCUGAAGACAACUUUGGCGUCCCAUUAAAAGUCCUGCUUGAUAGAGAUUCUACAAAACCAGUGCCUCGAAUUGUAAAAAAUAUUUGUGAUUAUUUGCUUCAAUAUGGGCUCAAUUCACAAGGAAUUUUCCGUAUCAAUGGGAGUGCUAAGUUAAUUGACGGGUUCAAAACUACAUUUCAGAUAUCGGCAGCCGACGAUCUAUAUUCUUUGAGAAAUGUUGAUAUUUACGCUUUAGCGGGUGUUUUAAAGCUAUUUCUUCGCGAACUACCUGAUGGACUUGUUCCAGAAAAACUUGGACUUAAAUGUAUAAAGGUUGCGAAAGAAUAUUCAAGUGACUUGAAUGCGUACAUACUUAAACUACAAACUGCAUUAUUUACACUGCCGCAUGAAAACUAUGAACUCUUAAAAUAUUUGUGUAAGUUUUUGAACAAGAUUGCGGAAAACGAACCCGUCAAUAAAAUGUCGCGCAAUAGUUUAGGAAUUAUUUUUGGUCCUUGUGUGUUUCGUUGCAGUUUGGACUUACAGGUUCUAAAGAAUCAGGGCUUGACAAAUUACAUAAUGACUUCACUAAUCCAAUACCAUGAUGCUAUAUUUGUUCAUCACCCUAAAACGGACUUUUUCGUAUUGGACCAUCUGUUCAAACUACCGGAAAUUGUCUCUAACUCAGCUUUACCGACCCUUGAAGAUCGUGUUCAGCCAUCAAGUGAAAUAUCAACGAGUUCCAGUCAAAGUAAUAGUCCAGGAAUUAUUAACAGCCUACAGGAAGACACAUUCUCAAAUUUUGUGGAAGCUCUGCCCCUGGCUCCUAGAAAUACACCUAAACCUGAAUCAGAUAACCAUGUGUGGAUGUCACAUCACUGUUCUUCUAGUGAGCCGAAGAUACCUCGAGCAAAUCCUUGUCAUAGUAUACCAGAUUUAAUGUGUGGUUUUACAGUUGACAAUAAUCUCUCUAGUGACAGUUCUCCAUUUCACAGCAUUGUGUCAUCUCACCAAUACAAAGAAUUCCUUAUAAGUCCAUCAACUUCACCUACACCCAGCCCAAUCACUUUCGAAGUUUCUAGUACCCCAACCUUUGUGAGUAGAAGCAAUUCAGUUUCCUAUAAUGAAAAAGAAAAUGCUGAAGAAGUUCCAGACUCAGGUGCAGAAGUGCCUUACACAAAGACAUCGGAACAACUGGCCUUGGAUAUCACAAAUAUUAUUUCGUCCAUGGCUACAUCCCGUUCUUUAGAGGCACUGAGCUUCGAAACACAACUUGAUGAUUGUUUUACUAAUUCAACUCAGAUAUCAAAUUGUAAUAAGAAGCUCAACCUUGUUGAAGAGAACCCAAGAGAAAAGUUACGUAUUUCUGGCAUGUUAUCAAGAUCGUCAAACAAAGUUUCAACAGGUGAUAGUUUGUUCAACAAAGUGAUUCGUUUUACUCACGUCACUGAUGAUCCCAAUAAAAUUAAAAGAACUUUCAGCCAUCGUAAACAUACAAUCAAAGAAUCAAGUGUCCAUCCAAUCAGUACUUGGAAUUCCAUGCCUUCUGUGAAAAAUAAAACGAUAAAAACUCCGCCUAAGUUUAUGGAUUCUUGUGUGGCAGUUUAUAGUCAAGAUCUUUGUAGUCAGUCCCCACAACAUAAUGACGUUAUAUCAAAUACUUUGAAAUAUAAUGGAUAUCGCUUUCCGAAUACUAACAAUACUUACCGACCUAUAAAUUUGCAAAAGGAUGAUUUUAAUGCAGCUAGAGUACAAGAUACAGCAAAUUCAACACGUUCGUCUACUUUUAUGCCAGUUAGCACAAAUCAUUUUUACAUGGAAAUGCCGGCUGCUAACAGUGAGUUUUCCAAUUCGGUUGGUAGUACUCAAUCAUCUCCAAUUGUAGAGAAUAUUUUGACUCAGGCGAUAAACCAAUGUUCUGAUACUCAUGUUUUUUCCCUCUCUGUGAAGCAGGGAUUAGAUUGUCCCAGCCACUCCAGCAGCUUUCCUUAUUCAAUAAAUGAAAUGGAUCUUACAGCUUCUGCGAAAAAAAAUCCGGUCUCAAGUUUUGUUAAGCCGAUAUCAACUUUAUUGUAUCAAUCAGAAAUACCAGUUUGUGUAUUUGAUCGUUCUCAUCCUAACCAUAAUCAUGUAGAUGGUUCUAAUAGUGAAAUUGGAAAUGAGCAAAAUAAGUCUAUCGAAUUAGCAACCCUUCAAUAUGAUACUACCCAUCAAACAAAGGAAUACAAUCAUAGUACACCAACUAGUCCGAUAUUAUCUAGUCAUACCGCUUCAAUUACUCUGAGAUCAAAGUCAAAUUCUGUUGGUGCAGUAACCGUUAAACCAAUUCAUUCCUUUAUUCAUAAACCUAAAGAUCGUGGAUCAUGCCCUCCUAAUUUAUUGCCCCUUUCUUCGAAAGCAAACAAUGAACACUUAAACGAAUCUGCUCCAAACUUCGGGAGGCUUUCUUCUCCUGAAAGGAAUCAAAUGAUUACAAAGCAGAGGAUAAAACCACAGUGUUCAAUUUUUGAUCAAUCCCCAAUAUCAAAUAAAAAUGGGGAAAAUACCAGAUCCCAUGGAGCUCAGUUAAAUAAAUCAGAUCAUUUUUUAAGAUCAGCAAAAUAUUCUAGUUACAUCUCUGAUAGUAUACAAAAUUUCAAAAAGACCUUGGAUACAAUAGGAUUAAAAAGUUUGUUAAAUUUAUCAAAUAGAAUUUACAGCGAACCGGAUUUAUUGUAUUUCAAAAACCAGUUGUCACGAAGGACAAACCUGAAAUACAGAUCGUUACAGCAUUUAACCACGGAUGAAUUAUCAAGCAUAAAAACAUCACCCACAUUCAAAUUGAUUGAUAAAGAAAAUUUAACUACUAUUCCAGUUAAAAUAUCGAAAAAUUUAUUAUUUUCUAAUAAAGAUGAACCAAAUAUUAACUUGAUUUCACCUUCAGUUAUUUCAGUUAUUAGGCGAGUAAAUUCAUUUUCAUCAAACAGUCACACAUCUUCAGGAAAAUGUCAUUCUUUCUUAAGAAAAUAUUCAUCACCUUUGUUGAAAGAUUUAAGAGAUUUUUAUGAAAAUUCUGAAAAUCAUAAUGUUGGCGAUAAAGAUGAUAAUGCUGAUGAUGUAUCAUUAGAGCAAUCAAAUUCAUCAUUGAUAUCGAUUGAGUCAUUCUAUGAACUUUUAUGCGCUGCAUUAUCUAAACAACGUGAAUAUUGUAAUCGUCCUGAACGACUGAGUGAAAUGAACUGGGACCAAAUUGAACGAGAGAAAUAUGAUAUUCAAAAAAGUCUCUUAUAUUUUGAAGGUCUUUAUGGACGACCGAAAUCUCCUAGAUCGAAACGAAUCAUGAAACCUAUAUAUGAGCGUUAUCGUCAGGUUAAACGUCUUAUUUCUUCUCGAAAUGGUGUCUGUAGUGAAUUCCCAUUUGGAAUGAAUUUGUCUCGUUUAAAAGUGCCCAAUAACGAUUCCAUAGUUGAUGUUAAUGAACAAUCUACAGAUAAACAACCAAAUGUAACGGUUUCAAAUAAUUUGAUGGAAUUUCUAAACACUCCAACAAUCACAUCUCCGACCUUUUUACAAGAUAAUAUUCAUAAUAUAGGUUAUGAUUCUGAUUCAAGUACAUUUGAAAGUGUGUAUAAGAAUAAAGAAUCUAGCUUCCCAGUUAAAGUUAAGCAAAGAAAUUGUAAUUUACAAUCAACAGAAAAUCAUAAUCUUGUAACAAUUGAAAACAAUCAAAAUUCAAGUUUUCCAUUUAAUUCCAACCAUAGAAAAUCACUUAUGAGACCGGAUGACCACAACAUUCAACUGUAUCGUAAACAACUAUGCUCCUUAUCUCCUAUGGAAUUGUAUAAUGAAAAGAAAAAUGUCCUAUUAAAGAAGCAUAUUGUUCAAACUGAAUUAGUCGAAUAUGAGAAUAGUAUCAAACGUGUAUUAGACUGAAAAAGAAAAUAAGGAUGAAAGUUUGAACAAAUGUCGAUACUUGGUAAUAAUUAUCUAACCACUAAUAGCUAGCUUUCGGAUGGAUGUUUCUUAGUCCCAAUAGAAAGCUGUCUUCCAAGGAAUCAUAUAAGUAGGGGGAGUAAGUCAACAAGUACGAAAUUAUGUCAUCUGUUUGUAUUGUCUGUUUUGUAAUACUUUGGUAACAAUAGUAGUAAUGAUAACAAUGGUAAUAAUAAUAGUAACAUCUUGGCAAUUUGAACUUUCAGCUAUCAGUUAUGGGCUCAUAUUUUCAAACCGCUUAUUUAUUUCUAUUUAGCUAGGGUGUCUAGGUACUAUCCAAAUAGCUAAUUUCACUGCAGAAUAUAUUGUUAAUUCUCUCAGAUUUUUUUUGUUUAAUUUCCUAGAUUUAUUUUGGAUAUUACUAAAUAAACGCAGUGGUACCUAAAACAAUAAACGUUUAUCAUUAUUAGAAACGUAAUUCAUAAUAUCUAAUGGGAAAAACAGUAAAGGUAUUACGUAAAUCGGCGAUCAUUUAAACUACUACUAAAGGUCUAAAACUCAGAUCAUUAAUGUUGAGGUAGUAAAAUUCUCAGUUAAACCAUUGAGUUGACACAAACAUUGAGUAUCAGCUUUCCAAUGCAAUUGUUAGCCUUCGUCUGGCUUCUUGAUUUGCAUUGCCUAUAUCAUUUUUUGUGAUAUUAAUAUUCCUGUUUUAAAAUGAAAAUUAGAGAGUUGUAGGACUUUUCAUGUAAGCAAUAUUUAUCACUUGAUGUAUCUACUAUCAGUUUGUUUUCUAUGGAUUUCCUACAAAAGUACGCGUAUAUCCUUAGUGUGUUAUUAUUAUUCGUUAAUUGUUUAGAUCUAUAAAAUAUAUCUCUCAUUAAAUUUUGUUUUGUAUCUAACAAUCUAAUGAAUGAUGGUCUAUAAUAAGUAAUUAAUUAAUUAAUAUUUGUACAGGAAAUGAAAAAUGUGUGUUUAUAAAGGUGAGCAUAGAUGGAUACAAAUAACAUGUUGAUAAAUACACAAUAUUAUAAGGGAAAGUAAUUAAAAGAAACGAAGAAAGAUAGGAAAGAAAAAAGUGAUUUAUUAUGCAUAAAGAAUUAUAUUUGUCAUGAUACUACCUACCGAUAGUGAAAAUAGUCACAUCAAUAAUAAUAAACGUAAUGCUUAAAGUCAAUUGAGCGAAAAUGUUCUAUUCUUUUUAGUUUGAUAUCUUAUCCAAACUCUCUUCUAUUAUUAUUAUUAUUAUUAUUAUUAUUAUUAUUAUUAUUAUGAGCGUGACAUAUUGUUUAUAAAACAGGAUGAUUUCUAAUUGUUAUUGCUGACUGAUGAUAACAUUUUGUAUGUUUAUUUGUAUAUGAAGGUAAACUAAAAAUUAUCAUGUAUUUUUGUAGCUUUGAACAAAUAGUUGACAGGCAAUAAAAUGGGAUAUGCUUUGAGAGUAUAAUUCUAUCAAGACAGUAGCACCAAUGUAUAUUUAGUUAGUGAGUAUUUAGUUUGUUCAUAGUAAUACCUGAAUAAUGUUUAGUGAUUCAGAUAAGUUGGUCUAUACCCAUGUUUUUUCUAGAUUCUCCUUUCUAUAUUCUUGUCUAUCUGUUUUUCUGGGAGAUGUUUUUCUGUCGUAUUUCAAUAUUUUUAUCGUCUUCCCCUUUAAUUUAUUUCUUUUUAACUCUUCAUUAAUAAUUUUGUAUUUAAUAAAUAACCAAAAGUUUCAAACUAAUUUACUACUGUUACUAAUAUUCCAUAUUUCAUGAUGUUUUAAUUGAUAAAAUACUGAUAAUUAUUACUGUUUUGUAAACAAGUUUACUCUUUUGUUUUGUUGGCAAAAUCCAUGUAUAACUAGAUGUUCAUUUUCCCUACUUAUUUAUGUACAUUCAAUUCUUAUUUCAUUAUAAUUCUAUUUCUACACUUAUUAUACCC